AUGAGGCUCCACAGCAAAUCUCAUACAGGUUGCACACAGUGCAAAAGACGUAAAGUCAAGGUCAGGCCGUGUUGUUAUCCGUUCGUCGUGAGAAGAGACCUGACAGCCUUGCAGUGCGAUGAGGAGCUUCCGGCAUGCGGCACUUGCGUUCGAAGACAGACAAGAUGCUCGUUCUUGGAAGUCACGCAGCCUUCGGGGAGUCCUCGCUAUUACGCAUGCGGCGAACCAGAGCAGUUGAAUGUCACCACAGUGACUGAGCGCUCACCAGAAGCCCUGCUGGAGAUUGAUCUAACACACUUCUUCCUCAUUGAGACUCUACCGACGAUUUUGGAACCGGCCACACGGCAGGAGAUUUGGCGGCGAUCCAUUUUCCCUUACGACGGUCUCACUCACUCGGUCAAUUUGGAUGCGCAUCUGGCAACUGCAGCUAUGCACAAGAUAGCGAUAGCGCACAGUACCACGCUCGAAGAUACGAAGUAUUUGGAGUAUGCGAUCGAGAAGCAGUCAAGGGUACUGGAGACGUUCGUGCCAAUGCUAAGCCAUCCAACUCCUGAAGACACUCGAACGCUGUUUGCAUUGGCGGCUCUGGUAACAGUCUGGUCGUUCGCCUCUCGCUCUUUACCCUCGCAGCUUAAUAUCGUCUCCCGGAUGCCUUUCGAAACAACGCGUUCAACUCCAAGUGAGCCCACCAGACAACGCCAGCUCUCUGAUUUAAUAUCCAUCAUGAAGAUCUCACGAGGAAUCGGAGCAGUAGUCGAUCAGUGCAGGCCUUGGUUCAAAGAUCAAGGACUUGCAGGCAUGAUUCAGAGUCGCAAUAUCCCAGCACAACCUUGGGGCAUGGAAGCCUGGCGUGCACUCGAUGAGCUUUUCGACCACAUCGAGAACGGGUCUAAUUACAAGAGUCGACUGGAUAUGUACGCUGCAGCGAUCCAUCGAACGAAGAACUUUCUCCAGGGCUUCAGCGCAGACACGAAGUCACAUGUGGCCAUGGGCUGGCCAGUGGGCCUUCCACAACUCUUCAUGAAAGCUGUGUCCGACCAUGAAGCACCAGCUUUGGUCAUAACAGCAUUUUGGGGUGCGUGCGUUUUCGCUGAGCCAUACUGGUGGGCGCAAGGCUGGGGCAGAGGUGUCAUCUCGGAGAUCGAAUCGUAUCUCCCUCAAGCUUGGCGAAGGCAUCUGGAGUGGCCGUUUAGGCUGCUCGCGAUACGGAAGCCUGUGUGGAGAUUGUGA